GGACGGGAGUGUCCUAGCCCGGGGUCCCGGGACAGGGCUUGGGGGGGGCGCCAUGGCCGAGUCCCAGCUGAGCUGCCUGGACGAGGCGCACGUGAACGAGAGGGUGACCGAGGCGCAGGCCGCCUUCUACUACUGCGAGCGGCGGCGGGCCGCGCUGGAGGCGCUGCUGGGUGGAGGCGAGCAGGCCUACCGUGAGUGGGUCAAGAAGGAGCGGCUGCGGGACUUCCUCUCCAGCCAGGAGCUCCAGGCCCUCCGUGCCACCUGGAGCCCCUACGAAGAGCCCGUCUCCAACGCCGGUGCCAAGACCAAGGCCAAGGCCAGGGCCCCGGCCGAGCGCAGCGAGUCCCUGGCCUACUGGCCAGACCUCUCGGACACCGAAGUGCCCCCGCUGGACCUGGGGUGGACCGACUCCAGCUUCUACCGCGGCGUGAGCCGCGUCACGCUCUUCACCCACCCACCCAAAGAAGAGAAGGCGCCGCACCUGAAGCAGGUGGUCAGACAGAUGAUUCAGCAGGCCCAGAAGGUCAUUGCUGUUGUCAUGGAUGUUUUCACGGAUGGGGAUAUAUUCCAAGACAUUGUAGAUGCUGCCUCUAAGCGCCGGGUCCCUGUGUACAUCAUCCUGGAUGAAGCAGGAGUGAAGUACUUUCUGGAAAUGUGUCAGGACCUGGAGCUUGCUGACUUCCGCAUUCGGAACAUCCGUGUCCGCUCUGUGACAGGAGUUGGCUUCUACAUGCCCAUGGGGAAGAUCAAGGGGACUCUCUCAUCAAGGUUCCUAAUGGUGGAUGGGGACAAAGUAGCAACUGGAUCUUACAGCUUCACCUGGAGCUCCUCCUAUGUGGACAGGAAUCUUCUUUUGCUCCUGACAGGGCAGAACGUGGAGCCCUUUGACGUAGAGUUCCGGGAGCUGUAUGCCAUCUCUGAGGAAGUGAACUUGUACCAGCACCUGGGUCUGGCAGGCAGGCUUGGCCUCAACUACUCCUCCACCGUAGCUCGCAAACUUAUCAACCCCAAGUAUGCCUUAGUAGCAAACAGCCGCGCCCCUCCAGGAGAGCUGAUGCGCUGGGCAGCCCGUCAGCAGCGGGAGGCUGAUGGCAACGCGGAGGGACAGGAGGGCAGUGGCGGUGGUGAGUCUGCCCGGCGUCUGGAGAGCUUUCUGAAUGAUCUGGUUACAGUAGAACAGAUAUUGCCCACAGUGGAGCCCAUUCCCUCAAGAUUGCUGAGACCAAAGGAUGGCAGGACGGUCUCUCAGAUGCACGCAGACCUGAGGCACAAAUCCCGAGAGGUGCUCCCCCAGAAUGGCAAGGGAGAAGUUGCAAAUGGAGAGGCCACCCCAGCCAAGGAGGGCAGACGCUUGAGCAGCAGGCUCUUCAGCCGACGAGUGAAGAGGCCUGCGGUGCUGGUCAACUCCACCUCCACUGAGACUUUUGCUGACAUGGAGUUUCCUCUGGGGAAGAGGCCCAAUGAGGGUUCCAGUGCCAACAUAUCAGGUGAGUGCCUGCCACUGAAGCUGGUGACCCUGGGCAAGUCACUGCAGGUCCUCGCUGCAGUUUCAGAUUCCUUGUCUCUGAGGAAAGAGCGCUACAUGCCUUGCUUGGUGUUUAGCACAGCAGUGGACAUGGGAUGGUCUGUGAGAACUGUUUUACUCCUCAUGGUAUUCAGAUCACCUUUAUAGUAACUCCAGUAAGAGAAGGAAGUGUGACAAGUUUUCCUUUUAUACCUGAAGAAACAGUGCACAGCACUGGCUGUGAGUCUAGGGCUCCUCCUGGCUUCCUGCUGCUUGCUGUCAUUGGGGUCUGAUCUAGUCAGACAUACCCCGUCCCACUGAUGCACUGACCAGCUUCCUAGUUUCCGUGAUAAUAGUUAGAACCGUUUUCCCCAGUCUGUGUGAAAAGCGAAUUUGCCCUCUGGGAAAGAUUGGUAAUGUGGAGCAGUGGAUCUUUUCUAACCGUCUCUCCGAGAGCUCCAUGAAGCCCUGUCUUCUUUCUCCUCCAGAGCAGUCUCGAUAUGACCUUCCAGGAGUCUGGUAGUGACAAACAGGCUGCCACAGAGCCUUUCUCUUCUCAGCUUCCCUGAGCUGGAAGAACUUCUGUGCUGGGGUUUUUCCUUCUGUGGUUGCAGGACUUUGAGGUGAUGGUAACUGAGCUUCCUGGCCGACUCGCUAUGUGAAAACUGAUUGUGAAGUACCUGUCCUGAGCAGCCCAAGGGCUCAGGUAUCCCAUAGACCUGGCUUUGACCCAGUCAAUGGUCUAGAGCUGGGAAAAAUGCCACUUUCUCCUGAUUAGAAGCACUUCAUGUCCCGUUGAACCCAGGGAUAUAGCUCCCUCUCAGAACAGGUCUGGGAGUCUCGGCAAUGUGGCAUGGUAUGAGCACCAGGACCACCCUCCAGCCCCCGCUGCCUCCAGUGGGCCCACACUGCUUGAGCAGCUCGGCAGACCAGGUUCCAUAUGGGUACUUUCUUUCCCUUCACCCUCAUGAAGAGCCCAUGAGUCCCGGAUGCAGGUAGAAAUUGGGAGAAGUGCAGUAAAUGCAGGCCAUGGAAAAUGACUGUAAACCGAGUCAAAGCCAGGCCUGGGCCUUGACCUGUCAAGAGAGGCAUGGCUGGUCCCCCACUCCCGGUCCCAUUCCCCUUGGGCUUCCUU